AUGGUAAGGUGCGCAAUCUUGGAAGCCGGAAAAGUUCUAUAUAAGGGACUAGUGCAAGGUGGUGAACCUAGAAUCCUCUUGCAGAGGGAAAGAGAACCAACUACUGCGGCAGCUCAGCAACCAUCUACUUCCGCGAUGAACACACUUCUGGCACUCUUCAAUGCCGGCGUUGUCGCCGUUAAAGUUUUCAAAAAGACAACACCUAAUGGCAAGGUUACAGUGUACCUUGGCAAACGAGACUUCAUCGACCACUUAGACCAUUGUGAGGUUGUAGAUGGUGUUAUCGUUGUCGACAAUGACUACCUCAAGGGAAGAAAAGUCUACAGUCAGAUGUCCACGACCUACAGGUUUGGGCGCGAGGAAGAUGAAGUCAUGGGGCUCAAGUUCAGCAAAGAGCUCGUCCUGACCAAAGAGCAAGUGGCUCCUGUUUCUAACGAGAAGAGAGAGCUGACUCCAAUUCAAGAUCGACUCUUGAAGAAGUUCGGCAACAACGCCUUCCCGUUCACCUUCCAAUUCCCAGCCAGCUCCCCAUGCUCCGUUACCUUACAGCCGGGCGAUGACGACCAGGGCAAGCCUCUGGGUGUCGAGUAUGCUGUGAAAACCUACGUCGCCGAAAACCCAGACGACAAGGGACACAAGAGAUCAUCAGUGACCCUGGCUAUUAAGAAGCUGCAAUUCGCUCCACAAGGUCGAGGUCGUCGCCAGCCCAGCUCACUGGUCAGCAAGGGAUUCACAUUCUCACAGGGCAAGCUCAACCUGGAGGUUACCCUGGACAGAGAAAUCUAUUAUCAUGGAGAGAAGGUGGCGGCCAACGUAUGUGUCAGCAACAAUUCGAGGAAGGCAGUUCGUAACAUCAAGAUCUAUGUCGUACAACAUUGCGAAAUCACGAUGGUCAAUGGGCAGUACUCCAAGCACGUCGCAAGUUUAGAGACUCGUGAAGGAUGCCCAAUUACUCCAGGCGCCUCCUUCACCAAAGUCUUCUACUUGGUACCUCUGGCUUCUAGUAACAAAGACAGGAGGGGAAUAGCUCUCGAUGGGCAUCUCAGGGAUGAUGACGUCAACUUAGCAUCUUCGACCCUCGUCGCAGAAGGGAAAUGUCCUGCAGAAGCCAUGGGUAUUGUCAUUUCUUACUCCUUGAGGGUUAAGCUCAACUGUGGAACUCUUGGAGGAGAGUUGGUCACCGAUGUGCCGUUCAAGCUUCUUCAUCCUGCACCCGGUUCAAUGGAGAAAGAUAAGAUGAACGCAUUGAAGAAGAGUAAGAGCAUCGAAAGAUCUCGCUACGAGAACUCCUGCUACGCUGAUGAUGACGAUAACAUCGUUUUCGAAGACUUCGCAAGGCUCCGCCUGAACGAACCUGAUGAAUAAAUAAACUGCUUCAAGUUGGGAUCAAUUAUAUUCUAUUAUGUUAUAAUCAAUUAUAAAAUUAUCUAUUAUUUUUAACAAAUAACCAUAUAAUAAUUUUAACCAGCAUGAUAUAUCACUAAAAGCAAACGUAUGUUAUUUUAAGGUGCUUGAACUCGUAUUGUUUUGCCCUUUUGCUCUUUUGUUAUUCCUUACUCGAAAAUUGAAAUGAAUUCGGUGCCAAAUUAAUUAAAUUGAUUGUGAUGAGUGCAAUUUGAGUACUCGCUGAUAUUUGACAGUCAACUUAGCAUAAUGUAAAACUAUAUGUUAAAUCUGAGAAUUAUUCUUAAUCAUUUGUUCAAUAGUAUUUCUGUUAAUUAUAAAAUUGUAUUUUAUUGGCUAGUGAAACGAAAGUAAUAUAUUGAUUAAAAUACUUAAGAGUAAUAUAUAAUAUUUUUAGAAUAAAUAAAUACAACCACUACCUUGGUAAUUUUGUUUUAUUUUAAAUAUACAAUAUAUAGCAUUCUCUCCUUACAUAUUUAUUUCUCCCCUAUUGUAACAUGAUAUUCAUUUAAACAUAUUAGCGCA